CAAUUCACAAGAAAAUAGAAUCUCGCCAAUAAACAAUGAUCGUUAGUACUUAAUAGUAAGAAAUGUGUUUUACAUUUUUACAGUUUUAUUGUUUCCAAAUUUUAAAUUUAUUAAAAUUGUCAGAAUAUUUAUAUCUUUUUGUACACUGAAAUGUCAUUCAAUAAUGCAUAUAAAAAUCGGUCAAACCACAAUGGUUCGUCGGAAGAUGAAAAACAAACAUUGUUGGUUUUUGGUUAUUCGUGUAAGUUAUUUAAAGAUGACGAGAAAGCAAUGUUUAUUGAUCAAGGUAAACACUUGAUACCAUGGAUGGGCGAUGAUUCACUAAAAAUUGAUAGAUAUGAUUGUCGAGGAGCUUUGAGCGACUUGAAAUCUGUAGAAGCUCUUCCAUUCGGCCAAAGUCAAUGGGAAGGAUGGACAGCUGAAGAAAAGAAAAUUGAGCAGCUGUGUGAUGAAGAAAGGUACAAAUCUCUAAAUGAUAAAAGUGAAGAAGAGCAAAUAUACCAAGAGGAAGAAUUAAAACGUCUACACCAAGCUUUAAAUAAUGAAGAUAAAGAGUAUGGCCAAGUUGGCUAUAAAUAUGAAGAUGAAUCAUCAAAUAUAUCUGAAGUUAAACCCGGAGAUGAGGCUGAUUACGAUCCCGAACUUGAAGAAGCUUUUAUUCCUCCUAGAGAAUUAGAUAUACCAUCCAACAUGCAUGUGCCGUCUACAAAAAAACUCAAUGCUAUUAUUGAAAAAACUGCAUUGUUUAUUUCUAAACACGGUGCACAAAUGGAAGUAUUGUUAAAAGCUAAACAAGCACAUAAUUCACAAUUUGAAUUUUUAUCUUAUGAUCGGCCACUUUAUCCAUAUUACCAACAUGUACUUAAUGCUAUUCGUUCAUGUCGAUACAACCCUACGCUUACUAAUGAUAGUGCUGAAGAUUCUUUAGAUUCAUCAAAUGAAGACAACUAUUUACAUCCGAGCUUACUAAAAAGUGCAAAACAACCAGAAACGACUCCAUUUAUACCAAACAUAUCAUACAAACCUUCUGCAGACUGUUCCUAUUCAUUGCUUGUGAAUAAAAUAAAAGAAAAACAAUCAGCAAUGCCGAUUGAAGAAGAAAUUUCUAAAAUAGAAGAACCUGCUUGUACUACAACUGUUACAAUUGUUUCUGAGUUUGAUGGUCUAACCAAAUCGGCUAGGAGACGUUUGAAAAAAAAAUUAGUUUCUCAAUCUGCAUCAAAUGCAUUAUCUAAUUCUCCAGAAUCAGACGACGUCAACAAUGUUGAUGAGUCAACGUUAAAAGAAGAGAACAAAAUAGAACAUGAUGGUGUGAAUGCAGUCCAACAAAAUGUCACGAGUGGAGUUGAUGUUCCUCCUUCUGAUUUACAAAUAAUCAUUGAUAAAAUGGCUUCUUACGUUACAAAAAAUGGGAAACAAUUUGAAGAAACUGCUCGUAAAAGACAGGAUCCAAGGCUAAAGUUUUUAGAACCUGAUGAUUGUUUCAAUGCUUAUUAUCUGCAAAAGCUCAAACUAUAUGCAACUAUUAAACGUUUAGAACAGACAGCUCCCCCAAAAGUUACUGCAGAUUCCAAAACCAAUUCUAAAUUGCCUGUUUGUUUUUCAUUAAAAAAACAAAAAGAAGCAGAACCUAUUGAAAUAAAAAAGAGUGCGUUAGAAGACAGUGGUAAUGAGAUUAGCGAUGAUGAGCGUAAAAAAGAUCACCCAGAUAAAAUAGAACGGGAUGAUCAUAGUAAAGCAAGCAAUCUAAAUGUCAAAGCACUUAAGAAAAAUGCUGCUAAAUUAGAUGAAGACAGAAUAAAAGACAAAAUAACCAUGGCAGCAAAAGAAAAGCUUGCUUCAAUAGAACGAGAACGUACCAAAAAGGAAAAGGAAAAAAUUCAAGCAGAAAGAAAAAGAAAAGCUGCACAAUUUUUAGCGUCUAUGAAAAUUGUUUCUUCAUUAAGUAAAAAUUCUUUUAACAAUAUAGACGACGAGAAAUGUUCAACCACAACUGCAAUCCCUGUUGACAAUUCAUCGGUAACAAAUUCUGUAAUAAUUGCUACGAAACAAACUUUAGAGACUAAUGAAAAAAAUGGUGUAACUCCUAAUGAUGUUCAAAUUGCAAAUAGUGGAAGUUCCAAAGGACUAGAUGUGAUUUCAAUUGGUUCUAGCGAUGAAGAUGUAAUCAGUUAUAAAGAAGUAAAUGGUGACAAAAAACUAAAAUUAUCAUUACAAUCCCGGCUACAAGAAACGCCAAAGGAGGAGAAACGCAAACGAGCGGAGGAUUAUGAGAAAGAAAAAGAUUUUUACAAGCGAAUUAAGCGCUACGACGAAGUCAAAGAAAAAUCUCCUGAGCGCUAUUCAUCUCGGGAUAAAGAAAGAAGUCGAAGACGAUCUAAAAGAUCUCAUUCCAAACGUCAUAGUUCUUCAAAAGACCAUAAAAGGGACCGUAGUCGAAGACGAUCAAAACAUAAGCACAAAUCGAAGAAAUCAAAAAAACAAUCACGCCAUCAUAGUUCGAGCCAACACUCUGAAUUGUCAGACAAUAGUACGGACACCAAUAAUAGUCGUCAUUCGUGAUACUAAAAUUAUUAUCUAUUAUUAUUAAUCGCUUAACACUAUUAUUUUGUACAAUAUGAUGGUUUCCACGUCAAUGUAUUUGUCAUUUUGUAAAUAAAAGAUAAAUUAUUUUCAUAUA